AUGUGCGAUCUUACUCCUGAGCGUGCAGGUCAGAUUAUUGACGAAAUACGACUUCUCAAUGGUGUUAUAUCGGAUGAAGAGCGAGCGAGCACCCCUGCAGGCGUUUUGAGGGCUCUGGAUGCUCUGCGACAAAACUGUGCUGAGACAAUUUCGCGAUUGGACCCUAUCAGCGGCCGGCUACUGAUCUAUCAACUUAUUUCGAAAGCAACCUGCUUGGAAUAUGAUAGGGCAAAAGCACGGCGAGAAGAUCCCUUUAUAAAAUUCACUCUUUCGAAGGAUGGCCUAAUCAUCGACUCGAAUGACAAUGGAUAUUCAGAAGAAGACAUUCGGGAACUGUGUAAGCCAUAUCCUGAACAAAGGCUGGUAUUACUACUUCAUCAUGAGCUGUUUGCGGCAUUUCAGAUUGGAAGCAAAGUGAGCAUUCAGUCAGCACCGUUUUCUCUCUCCUUUCAGUACGCAGUUGGCGACAACAAGAUGGACAAGAUAACACCCAAGCGCGAAGACUUAAUGGUACUUCCACCAAAGGUAUCUCUUCGGAUUUCGAUAACUGGUUUCCAUCCAGGUCGAUUUGAUGAAUUAAGAGAUGCUUUGCGCGACAUCAUAAGAGAUGGGAUGCAUGGGCGGCCCCUCUUCCCGGAUCUGACAGACGAAACCUAUCUCUCAAUUCAUGGGCGGCCCCUCUUCCCGGAUCUGAAAGACGAAACCUAUCUCUCAAUUCUCUCGACCAGAUACAGCCCAUUCCUUGAAUUCCUGAAACCUCUUGGCGUCCGACAGGUAUCAGAUCUUGAAUUGCUUGAACAAGUCAAAGAGUUCUACAGGCCACUAUCAUGUACCUUCAAUCCACCUCAGGACAAUGAUUGGAGUUCACGGGUUGCCCGGCUUUUAACAUCAUGGCUGGAAAUGAAACCUGAUGGCGUAUUGGCGACCGGCGUCAAGGAACUCAGGCUCCUUCUCCUUUCCGAUGGGACAAAGGUUCGAGGCGUUGAUUGCGUUCCGAAUGAAGUUUGGCUUUCCCAUGACACAAAUGGCAAUGUUGUUCCUGCGUUCCCUCAAGUUAUUUGUCGCCGUGAUUUCAAAGCUUUGGAUGACGCAUCCAACAGACUGUACAAGAGCCUUGGUAUACAUUGCCCCAAUCACCAGGAGGUCAUGAAGCGAAUAGAUUCUCAAACUCAUCAACUUCAUGACCCUUCGUCAUCAGGUUAUGUCCUUGAUAUGCUGCUUUAUAUUAAGACAACAGCAACCAAGAUUGACAAACGUCAAAUCCAUUGCCUUUUGAUGUUCGACAGGGAGUUCCACAAAGAUCUAACACCUGGUGCGAAUGGAUUAUGCCGCUGUCAGUUGCAGAGAGAUGUGUAUUUCCCGUCUAACGAUCCUUACAGCAUGAGUAAAAUUGCUGAAAGAUUGAACAUGAUAAGCAACAUCCCUGCGAUUCAUGUCUUGAAUGAGGGUUUGAUUCAUCCAACCCUACUUGAGGAACGCGGAAUCCCGUCUACCGAGUGGGUUUCAUGGUUGGAAAAUGUGGCAUUGGUUCGUCGUGUGCCUAGGCUGCAGAACAGACUGGACUCGACCCGGCUGUCGGAUAUUUUUGAGGCAAUCCUCAAAUACUGCCCGACCAUGUUUCUUGGUGUUCUGGGAACUCACUGGCAUGAAUAUAAAGGCGGACUAGAACCGGAAAUCAUCUCGAGGAUCAAAGAAACAUCCGUUUCAACAUUGAGUGGCGACAGAAUGUUGCGUGAAUGCUACCUCUCUACUCGAGAACUCCGCACUAUAGUUAUCAGGAUACUGGGAUCCAACCUGGGCUCGCCAUUCCUACUCCAUCAGGAUGCAUUUUCUGAGAAAGUGCGAGAUAAAUGGGGAUUUUUGUCCAUAUUUGGCGUGCUCACGGACCCAACUCCGGCCUUCUUUGUGGAGCUAUCCAAACAACUAUCACAAACUGUUCCAUUGGCCAAAGCCAGAUCGCAGUUCCAGGAGCUUUACGAUAUAAUUUCCGAAAGGAAUCAGGAUGAAAUACGGACCUUCUUCCAAGAGACCAACGUUAUCUACAUUCCCGAUGAGAACAAAAGCGCAAAGCUCGUCCCUUUAAAAAGUUGUGUCUGGGAUGGGCCCGAGUGGCUACAAUCAUCACAUCGGCUGCGACAUAUCAAGGAAUACUUUGAGAACCGAAGCAUCCAGUUCAUGCUCAGGACCACACUCGGCAUCCAAGAUGCGACUUUGCAUACCUAUAUCAGAGAGCUACAACAUCAGCAAGACCUGGGACUAGGAUGGAUUUCCCAGAUUGAAAGGACAUAUGAGCACUUAGCCAAGAUGCAAAUGAAUGAACAGGAUGUAACUUUUGUGCAAGAUCAGUUCAAACAACAUAAGCUUGUCUACAACCCGAAGACUUCCAAGUGGCAUACCCUCGAAGAAUGCAUUUGGGCAGCACCAUCAGACGAAGAUAAUAUUGGAAUUACUGAAUACUAUCCUAAACUCCGUGAACUUUUCGUGGAUAGACUACUCAUUGAAGAGCCGACAGUUCAAUCGUAUGUAGCGAAGUUGGAGCGAACUGCAGGGAAGAAUACACGCACAGACCAGAUUUGUUCCCUGAUACAGAGGAUUAUCAAUCUCUCACCGUCGCCAUCCGAUCUUGACCCACUAAGUGAGGUCAGUUUCUUACCAAUCGAGGGCAUGAAUCAGAAACACUACUACGCUUCACCGAAAGAUGAUUUCUUCAUUAUUGAUCAGGACGGCUGGCCUAGCAAUUUUAGAGGUCUUGUGCCUACCCUCCGGCUGACAACCAAACAAAUUCAAGAAAUCAGACCGUUCCUAGAUGCUCUUGCGUUGGACAAUCGGUUUAUAUCUGUUGCAGGAAUGAAAGAAACGCUCGUGUUGGAAGAACCAAAAGCGGGAUCACAAAGCCUGACGUUUGAUUUUCGGGACCGAGCGAUCCCAUUUUGCAGAUGCUCCGUAUUCUAUGCCGGGGACAAGGGGAAGUCCCCUCAAGAACUAUACGACAUCUUCAGUACCUCUGUGAUUUACGAGAGCCUGAAAAUCGAAGCAAGAUGCACGCUGAGAAUGUCUGAUGGGACAAACAAGUCAAUCGGAGUCCCAAGCAAGCUCCACUUGCAGUUCGAGAACGAAGAAUUGCACAUUGUGGUUCCAAGCAACGGAACCCAGAGAAAAGUCUGCUACGCAACGCAACUACCCGCAGCACUGGCGGGUCUGUAUGCUAGCAAUAGCCCAGUAGCACGCGGAACAUUUGCAACCAUUCUUCGAGAGCCGAUUGAGGCGCUGGACGACAUCCUGAUUGACUACGGGAUUCCCGACCUGCCAGAGCUGAACAUCCCGGAUAAGCUGUCUAUCAAAACUGAAACUGGGUGUACGAAGACGGAGGUGGAGGACAUAUUUUUCACACCAAGUGCCAGCCUGACCAGCAGUCUCACUAAUCCGUCUGGGCUUUUCAGUGCGGUGGAUUCUGCACCAGCGAAUUUGGAUAUUCUGGCAGUUCGAUUGAAGAAUCUGCUUCCUCCGUCAGGAAAGGAUGAAGAAAGACCGGCAUAG